GUGAGCACAAGCAAUCCGCCUGCCUUGGUCUCCCAAAGUGCUAGGAUUACAACGUGAACUACCAUGCCCAGCCACAUUUUGUGUUCUUGGACCUGUUACUAACAGUGAAAAACAAAAUACUUUAUCAUUUGGGGCUCGGUGCCCAUAGCGCAGUGGUUACAGCACCAGCCACAUACACCCAGGCUGGUGGAUUUGAACCUGGCCCGGGUCAGCUAAACAACAUUGAUGACAACCUCAAGAAAAAAUAGCCAGGUGUUGUGGAGGGUGCCUAUAGUCCCAGCUACUUGGGAGGCUGAGGCAAGAGAAUUGCUUAAGCCCAAGACUUGGAGGUUACUAUGAGCUGUGAUGCCAUGGUGUUCUACUGAGGGCAACAUAGUGAGACCCUGUCUCAAAAAAAAAAAAACAAAAAACGUUAUCAUUCGGGAAAAAAAUUUUUUUCUACCUGUGAACUAGAUAAUGCCUGGAAGAGAACAUUGAUUCAUGAAAGGGUAAAAUUUUAUUUAAGAACAAGUUAUUAUUUUAAUCAUUCAUUAAAAAUGAGAGCGCCAGGUGUGUGCUAGAUGUUAGGAACACAAUAGUGAGCAAAAACAUGCAUUGUCCCUGCUUCUGUGACAUUGAAAUUCUAGGGAAAGAGACAGCAUAAAUUAGAUAGUUGCUCUAAUGCAGUGGUUCUCAACCUUCCUAGUGACGUGAUGUAUUUUCAUUAUUACAAAAGGGUCUCAACCCAGGUUGAAAACUGCUGUUCUAAUGCAUAGUAUAAUUGUAGACUGAGAAAAGUGGCCUAAAGGUAAGUAAUGUGAAUCUAUUUGAGAAAGAAUCAUGGCCUGGCUGUGGGGUUAGAGAAGUUUUACGGGGUAAAGUGACACCUGAACGAUAUGGUUUGGAGCAGUGGUUCUCAACCUCUGGGUCGCGACCCCUGUGUAACAAUGAAAAUACAUCGUGGCAUUAGGAAGGUUGAGAACCACUGGUUUGGAGGAUUAGUAGGUGUUAAUUAUGUGGAGUGUGGCAGGUGAGUGGGUAGAGAAGAAAACAUUGUAGGGAGAGCUGAAUGUGCAAAGUUCCCAAGGCAGAAAGGGACGUGGGGCCAGUGUGUGAAGGCUGGUGUAAAAGAAACUAGAAGUAGGUUAUAGGAUGCCACUAUUUUUUCUUUCUCUCUGUCUCUCUCUCUUUUUUUUUUUUUUUUUGCCGUUUUUGGCCAGGGCUGGGUUUGAAACUGCCACCUCUGGCAUAUGGGGCCGGCACCCUACUCCUUUGAGCCACAGGCGCCGCCCUUCUUUCUCUCUCUUAUAGUCUACCAAAAGUUAUAUUGAACUUUUGUUAAGUGAUUAUGCUAUAGCAGAUGUGACUGUGGGGAUUUUACUUGAAUAAAAGUUUCUAUGAGGUAGGUACUGUUAUUGCCAUUUCACAAAUGAAGAAAGUGAGGCACAGAAAAGUUAUUGGUUUAAAGUCAGUAAGUGAUACUUUCUGGUGCUGAUGUGACUCCUUGAUGUAGCCCUGAGAACUUCUAAAAUUUCUAAAGAAUUUAGAUGCAGGUGGACAUUCGGCAGAGACUCUGUGGGCUCCAUGCUCUUAUCCAUUAGACAAAGCUCAGCUGUGAAUCACUGGCUACCGGGCAACACUGCAGCUAAAAUAUCUGUGGAUCUUAUUUUACUCGUGUCUGAUUCUGAGAACCGAACAGCAGCAUAAAUAUUUUGAGCUGUAUUACCUUUGAGAAUAAGGAAGUUAUUGUUAGCAAACCCCCACUUGAAGUAAAUCAAUCUAAGCUUCCCCAUGUAACAUUUCAAGUAGAAUUCUCAUUGUCACACUGAAUCUGUGUUUCUUUCUUUCCAGAGAUCUGGUGGAAUUGGAGAUUGAGAGAAAAUGAAUUCCUUUUCUAAUUUGCCUGCAGAGAAUGUCACCAUUGAGGUCAAUAUGACCAAGACUUUGCCUACAAUAGUAACACAUGGAUUUAAUUCUACUAAUGACCCACCUUCAAUGUCAAUAACAAGGCUUUUUCCAGCCUUACUAGAAUGCUUUGGCAUAGUCCUUUGUGGCUAUAUAGCAGGAAGGGCCAAUGUUAUAACAUCAACACAGGCCAAAGGACUGGGAAAUUUUGUCUCCAGAUUUGCACUUCCAGCUUUAUUAUUCAAAAACAUGGUUGUACUUAAUUUUUCCAAUGUAGAUUGGUCUUUUCUAUAUAGUAUCUUAAUUGCCAAAGCUUCUGUGUUUUUCAUUGUAUGUAUAUUAACCUUACUGGUUGCCAGUCCUGAUAGUCGAUUUAGUAAAGCUGGACUAUUCCCUAUUUUUGCUACACAAAGUAAUGACUUUGCAUUGGGAUACCCUAUAGUUGAAGCUUUAUAUCACACUACAUACCCAGAGUAUCUCCAGUACAUUUAUUUGGUGGCACCAAUAUCUCUUAUGAUGUUAAACCCUAUAGGGUUUAUUUUUUGUGAAAUCCAGAAGUGGAAAGAUUCUCAAAAUGCUUCUCAAAACAAAGUAAAAAUUGUGGGACUCGGACUUCUGCAUGUAUUACAGAACCCAAUAGUAUUUAUGGUCUUCAUUGGGAUUGCCUUCAAUUUCAUUCUUGAUCGACAGGUGCCUGUAUAUAUAGAAAAUUUUCUUGAUGGACUUGGAAAUUCUUUUUCUGGAUCAGCCUUAUUUUAUCUUGGUCUUACAAUGGUAGGGAAAAUAAAGAGACUGAAGAAGUCAGCAUUUGUUGUACUAAUUCUUCUCAUCACAGCUAAACUCCUGGUGCUGCCACUUCUAUGCAGAGAAAUGGUGGAACUCUUGGACAAGGGCGACAGUGUAGUGAACCAUACAAGUUUAUCGAAUUAUGCAUUUUUGUAUGGUGUUUUUCCUGUAGCACCAGGAGUGGCUAUCUUUGCAACACAGUUCAACAUGGAAGUAGAAAUUGUAACCUCAGGGAUGGUAAUAAGCACUUUUGUAUCUGCUCCCAUAAUGUACGUUUCUGCCUGGUUACUGACCUUUCCCAAUAUGGACCCUAAGCCAUUGGCAUAUGCCAUCCAGAAUGUUAGCUUUGAUAUAAGUAUUAUCAGCCUAGUCUCCUUGGUCUGGUCUCUGGCAAUUCUUCUUUUGAGUAAGAAAUAUAAGCAGCUUCCUCAUAUGCUCACAAUGAAUUUACUCAUUGCUCAGUCUAUUGUCUGUGCUGGAAUGAUGAUAUGGAAUUUUGUUAAAGAAAAAAAUUUUGUUGGACAAAUUUUGGUGUUUGUUCUGUUGUACAGCUCCCUCUACAGCACAUACCUGUGGACAGGCCUCCUAGCAAUUUCUUUGUUUCUUUUGAAAAAACGUGAGAGGGUACAAAUUCCUGUGGGGAUCAUCAUAAUAUCUGGCUGGGGAAUCCCUGCUCUACUAGUUGGUGUUCUUUUGAUAACUGGAAAACACAACGGAGAUAGCAUUGACUCGGCCUUUUUUUAUGGAAAAGAGCAGAUGAUCACCACCGCGGUAACUCUGUUCUGCAGCAUUCUGAUGGCCGGCAUAUCACUCAUGUGCAUGAAUAGAACCACCCAAGCAGGAAGCUAUGAAGGUUUCGACCAAUCUCGGGGCCACAAAACCGUGGAACCUGGAAACACAGCUUUUGAGGAGAGCCCAGCACCAAUACAUGAACCAGAACUUUUUACAAGCUCUAUUCCAGAAACAAGUUGCUGCUCCUGCUCCAUGGGAAAUGGUGAAUUGCGCUGCCCUUCAGCAGAACCGAUAGCAAACACAAACACCAGUAGGCCUGUGACUCCUUCGUUUGAGAAAAACGAUCAUUGUGUGAGUCGCUGUAACUCCCAGAGCUGCAUAUUAGCCCAGGAAGAACAACAGUAUCUGCAGAGUGGAGACCAGCAACUAACUCGGCAUGUGCUCCUGUGUUUACUUCUCAUCAUUGGCCUGUUUGCUAAUCUUUCCAGUUGUUUGUGGUGGCUAUUCAAUCAAGAGCCUGGAAGACUGUAUGUUGAGUUACAGUUUUUCUGUGCCGUGUUUAACUUUGGCCAGGGAUUUAUUUCCUUUGGAAUCUUUGGAUUAGAUAAACAUUUAAUCAUCCUACCUUUCAAAAGAAGACUCGAAUUCCUAUGGAACAAUAAAGAAACAGCAGACAAAAGGGAUUCUCCUGUUUCUGAGGAAAUAAAAAUGACCUGUCAACAGUUUGUCCAUUAUCACCGUGACCUCUGUAUCCAAAACAUUGUCAAGGAAAGAAGGUGUGGUGCAAAGACUUCUGCUGGGACCUUUUGUGGCUGUGACCUGGUGAACUGGCUAAUUGAAGUUGGCCUUGCCUCUGACCGUGGUGAAGCUGUGAUAUACGGAGAUAGACUGAUGCAAGGGGGAGUCAUCCAGCAUAUUACCAACGAAUAUGAAUUUCGAGAUGAGUACUUAUUUUACAGAUUUCUUCAAAAGAGUCCUGAACGGAGUCCUCCUACUGUUCAUACAAGCACCCCCCAACAAGAAAGAUAUAAAGAAAUUGAACAUUCAUCUCCAUCCUCACUUUCCCCUAACACCUGAACUAUGAGGCAGGGAGACCCCUACAUGGAAUCAUAGUCUAUCUCUAAAUCUGUUACAUUUUAGCUAGGUGACCUUGGGCAAGUUACAACCUUUCUGAGCCUCAGUUGCCUCUUCUGUAAAACUUGACAAGAUGUUUUCCUAACCCACACUAAAGGUCUGUGAUUUUAUGUGUAAGUAAAACACAUAGGAAACUGACUUAGGAAAAAGAAAACCAAAUCAAAAUUUAAAGUUCAGGUAAUGAAUAUAAUGAUAAUAUAUAGUCGUCCCUUAGAAUCCAGAGGCUCUAUCUAGUACUUCUGCAGAUACUGGCAUCCGAGAUUGCUCCAGUCCCUUACAUAAGAUGGUGAAGGAUUGCAUAUAACUUACUCACAUCCUCCCAUACACUUGAAAAGAUGACUUAUAAUGUCUACUACAUGUACAUGCUAUGUAAAUAGUUGUUAUACUGUAUUAUACAGGGAAUAAUGACAAGGGAAAAAAGUCUGUGCAUGUUCACUAUAUAUGCAGCCAUGGUAGGCCUAACUACAUUUUUGAUCUGCAGUUGGUUGAAUCUGUGGAUAUGGAACCAGCACUUAGGGAGGGUCAACUGUACUAUCAACAAUAGUGACAUGUCAACAUUGUAAAAUCUUUGUUUUCUACAACUGUUUGCUAGAAUUUCAAAAUCAACAUCAUAUUAGCUAUUCCUUUAAGUUGCCACAUUUGACAGGUAUAUUGCUGGCAAGAAAUGGACCUUAAAUUAUGACAACUUCAUGUAUAUUCAUAUUACCUCCUACAAAAGAUUUUAAUGAUUCCACUAAAGGUUUUUAUUCUUCUUUUUUCCACUUCUUUGACAAAUAGUACUCAUUUAAAAUCUAAAAGCACUAUUUUUGAAGACCUGACUUUUUUUUUUUUUUUUUUUAAGACAGAGUCUCACUCUGUUGCCCCAGGUUAGAAUGAUGUGGCAUCAUUGCUUACAGCAACCUCUAACUCCUGGAUCCAAGCAAUCCUCUUGCCUUAGCCUCCCAAGUAGCUGGGACUACAGGUGCCCACCACAGUGCCUGGCUAUUUUUAGAGAUGGGGUCUCACUUUUGCUCAGGCUGAUCUCGAACUCUUGAGCUCAAGCAAUCCACCCACUUCGGCCUCCCAGAGUGCUGGGAUUACAGGCCUGAGCCACUGCACCUGGCCUAAGACUUGUCUUUUCUUACAUUUCUAUCCAAAGUACUAAUCUUUGCCAUAUGGAAGGAAAGAAGAAACCUCUGUAAAUAUAUCUACAAUCUUUCAAAAAGUAUAAUUUGAUCUUUAACUUUUGUAUUACAAGUAGGAAGAUUUAUUUAAAUUUUAUCAGCAAAAUUAUUGCCAUGUGAUACGUCAUUUCCGGCUUUUGCACAAAGCAUCAUAGUGCAAGAUGAUGCACUGUGAUUCUACUUCAUUCCCUGAAACUAAAAAAAGAGAGAAAACUAUAAAUUUUAAAAUUACUAAAUGUUGCCCUCUUUCUUAGUCCAUUCAGACUGCUCUAACAAAAUAUCAUAAACUGGAUGGCUUAUAAACUAACAACCAAAACGUAUUUCUCAUAGUUCUGGAAGCUAAAAAGUCCAAGACCAGAGCUCAACAGAUACAAUGUCUGGUGAGGGCCCAGUUUCUGGAUCAUAGAUGGUAGCCUCUUGCUGUAUCCUCACAUGGAGAAAGGAAGAACUAUGGUCUCUCUUUUUUUUUUUUUAAAUCAUUUAAUUUUUUUUUUAAGCUGGGGCUGAGUUUGAACCCACCACCUUCGGCAUAUGGGGCCAGCAUCCUACCCCUUUGAGCCACAGGUGCCACCCAGAACUAUGGUCUCUUUAACCCCUUACAAAGAGUCCCAUUCAUGGAGGCUCCACCCUCAUGACCAAAUCCCCCUCCCCAAAGGCCCUAUCUCCUAAUGCCAUCACACUGGGGAUUAGGUUUCAAUAUAUGAAUUUGGGGGGGACACAAAAUCGUUCAGACCAUAGCACCCUCAGAUUAGCUUUAUCUUUAAUAAAUUAAAAAGACAGGGCAGCGUCUGUGGCUCAGUGAGUAGGGCGCCAGCCCUAUAUGCCGAGGGUAGUGGGUUUGAACCCGGCCCCAGCCAAACUGCAACAAAAAAAUAGUCGGGCAUUGUGGUGGAUGCCUGUAGUCCCAGCUACUCCAAAGGCUGAGGCAAGAGAAUUGCAUAAGCCCAAGUGUUAGAGGUUGCUGUGAGCUGUGACUCCACAGCAUUCUACGGAGGGUGAUAAAGUGAGACUCUGUCUCAAAAAUAAAUAAAUAAGAGAUGUAGUCAUAUGACCUUUGUUCAUCUACUUAUUAAGUGUCAGCGCUAGUUUAACUUAUUUAAAACAUAUUUCAAAUAUUUAAUUAUCUCAUACUUUUAGUGUCUCAUAUAUUAAAGCCAUUUAGAAAAUAAUUUAUGGGAUUAGUGUCAUUAUCCUUUUAAUGCAACAAAUGUAUAAUUUUUAAAAAACCUGCAUGGAAGCCUAGUGUAUUUAACAAGUAAACUAUACUUUAGUAUUUACAUAUACCAAUUUUAAGUUGUCAUUAUGGAAUGGGGAUGUUUUUAACAGAAGUGUCUUGCCAUAGAACUUUCUUUUUUUAACAUGACUACAUUAGACUCUCUGAACGCUCAGGAGUAAGCCUAGGCCUCAAUUCUGUACCAGAAAUUUUUUAUUGUUACAUUAAUAGAUAUUAAUUCACAUGCAUGCAGGCAACUCUCUGUGAUUUGCAUGAAUGGCAUCUUUUUCUAUGGGAGACACUAGAAGAAAACCCUGGAUCAGAAUGAUCUGCAGUUUCAAAUAAAAUAAAGGCUGUUAAGAGAUGUUUUUUAGAAUUGAGGAUAUGCUAAUUUUAUUAAAUGAAAAUAUUUGUAACUGUUACUUUCUCACUGACAAAGCAGGUUUCUCAAUAAAAUACCUAUUUUAACUUGCA